CCCGUUGCUAAACAUAGGCGGGGAAGACACGGUGCCCAGGGCUUUAUAACCGCGCUGCCCGGGCCAGAUCCUUCGACCCGCCCUGUCCUCUCUGUCCCCAAGUUGCUCCUGUCAGCUCCCGGACUCUCCCGGCCUCAACCGCAGCAGAGAUGGCACCCAAGCGCGCAAAGAAGAAGAUGGACAGCUCCAACGUGUUCUCCAUGUUUGACCAGACGCAGAUCCAGGAGUUCAAGGAGGCCUUCACCCUGAUCGAUCAGAACCGGGACGGCUUCAUUGACAAGAACGACCUCCGGGACACCUUCGGUGCUCUGGGCCGUCUGAACGUGAAGAAUGAGGAACUGGAAGAAAUGGUCAAGGAGGCCCCGGGUGCCAUCAACUUCACCGUCUUCCUCAACAUGUUCGGCGAGAAGCUGAAAGGCUCCGACCCUGAGGAGGUUAUUCUUGCUGCCUUCAAGGUCUUCGAUCCCCAGGCCACAGGCGUCGUGAAGAAGGCCUACAUCACCGAGAUGUUGACGACACAGGCCGACAAGUUCUCCAAGGAGGAGGUUGACCAUAUGUUCAGCGCCUUCCCUCCCGACGUGGCCGGCAACCUGGACUACAAGAACCUCUGCUACGUCAUCACCCACGGCGAGGACAAGGACAGCGAAUAAACUGGACACGCGAGAGUCACGUGGAACACACCUGGGUGGCACGUGGAACACCUGUCUGCGAGGCACACACCUGGCGGGCGUGUGGAGCACGCCUGGCACGACGCAGCAUGGCAGCCAGAGUCACCUAGCCUGGCACCCUGCGAUUGUCCCGGCGCGUGGCCCGCAUGCAUGUGUCCGCGUGCAAGCGAUUUGGCACUUAAGAUUUAAAGAGAGGUCUAAAGUAACGAUGGUAAUAAUUAUCAGAUGUUACUGAAAUAAAACGAGUCCACCCGACGGUAUUGCACUGGUCAUCGUGUGAAGCUGUAGGAUAAUAAAGUGAAAUAAUUUACAAAA